AUGGCUCUUCCCUUACCCCCUGGCCUGGUGCCCACGGAGGUCGCCUUCCUUUGUGAAAUGGAACUUGUCACAAUCGUGCCGCGCCAGAGACUCGAAUCCAUUCACCUCCUGAGCGGCGCAACACCGGCACUGCGGCCGCCACACAGAGCACAACUGCCACUAUGGCUAGCCCUGUUGCUCAAGAAGCAAAAACGCGCAAACAUCGUCGCCCCAGCAUGGCUGCAUACCUCUUCGCUGGCGGAGAUCAUUAAUCAUGAGACCCACGUGGACCCCGAGGCCUUCUCUCCACCGCCGCCGCCCGUGAUGCGGUCCGACGGCUGGGGCAUGGCAAGGUCGUAUGCGGAGCCGAAGCCCGGGGAUCUGGUCCUGUCGCCGCCAUUUCUGCCCUCUUGCACGGCCGAUGCACCGUCGGGCUAUCUGCCGUAUCACUGGCUGGAGCUGGCCGAGACCCUGCUGGCGCACGCGAGCGAUGAUAUACCCAAUGCUGCCGAGGCCAGGACGUUGCUGAGGGACUUGCAGGAGGUGCGGGCUGCGAAACUGAGAGGCAGUACCACUCAGCUGGAGGGCGGUGGCGGCGUGGUUGGCCUCAGAGGUGUGGGGGCUAUGGAGCUGGCCGAGAGCCGGGGCUUUGUCCAGGGUGUGGUGGACGGAGUGCGGAAGAUCGGCGCAAGUAUUGAGGCUACCAGACGGGAGGAAGAGGAGAGAGGCGGCGACAGUGAAGGAGAAGGCGAAGAUGAUGAGGAUAUGGGCUUUGAUUAG